CAGUUUUCGGAAACUAACCAAACAUGGCCCGACACUUCUCUCUCUCUCUCGCUCUUGCUCUCUGAUUCACCGAAGCUUCUCUUCCACAAUCACCAUCAAUGGCCACCGCCGCUGACGUCCUCGAAACUCCAACUCUAGACUCCGCCAGACCCAACCUCCUCCAACGAAUCACGGAGCAAGGUGGGUAUUCCUACGUUAGGAUGGCAUCCGUCGCCGUCAGCAACAACGAUUUCCGAGCGGCGGAGGCGGCAAGUGAGAUGGCGUGGGAGCAACUCCACUCUGGGCCGUGGCACUCAGUUCUUCCCAUCUGGAGAGACGCCUACUCAAUGGCGUGCCUCCAAGUGGCGAAGUUCUAUUACUUUAACGGAGACUUUGGAGAAGCCCUCAGGGUUCUUGAUAUGGGUUUAAUCAUGGGAGGAGUGACUCUUCGUAAGGACUUGGAUUCGGCUGUGGAAAAGGCUUCGAAAAAAGCGGGUGAACUUAUGAGUUUAGAGGUAGGGAUAGACAGUGCCGAGAGAGUUGAGAGUAGAAUUGUUUGUGAAGAAUUUGACGAGGCGGAGGUGCUUCGGGUUUUACCCAUCAAGUCACUGUCUUGUAAGAUAGUUGGGAAAAGGUCUGCCUUAUCACUGGAGGGAUUUUUGUGUGAUUAUGUCCUGUCAGGUUUGCCAGUUAUAAUCAGUGAUUGUAUGGCUCAUUGGCCCGCUAGCACGAGGUGGAAUAACAUGGAUUACCUUAUGAAGGUGGCUGGCUAUCGCACAGUUCCAGUUGAGGUGAUUUAA